CCGGGGGCAGGGAAGGAAGCGCCGCCCGCCCCUGCACCAGCGCGGCGGGCAGCGGCGGAGCGGAGCCCGGCGGAGCCGACAGCCCGGGCCGGGCGCCGCCGACCCCCGUUCCCCCUGUCGGCCUCCUCUGGGCAGGAUGGAGGAGAGACCGGUCUGAAAAUCUGUUCCAUCGUGGACUUUGCUGUGGUCUGCUAGAAUGUUCCUUAUGGAUGCUCCUCCUCUGGUAGCUCUUCAGACAAAAUGGGAGUCCUUUGGAGCAGCAAGGAAUUGUAGAUACCCCGUCUGCUUCCCCGAAUCCGACAGCAACGUCACCAGAACCUCCGUAAGCGCCAAAGUUCAGAUGAUCAUAAACAACCUGCAAAGCCAAGAGCCUGCCCUGGGUAUGAACAAUGAGUGUGGCUGUGUUGUGCAGAAGAAACAGAAAGGAGAAAAAGGCAGCGGUACCAGAGUCACACCCAGCAGCACCUUGCUGCGGAAGCGUCCUCAGUACACCCAGUGUGGGUGCCCUGAGGAUUCUGAUGGCAGCGAAGUGGAAGAGAAUGUAGAAUUUGGGACUCUGCUGCUCGAUUCUGACAGCGACGACUCUGUGGAUCGAGGUAUAGAGGAAGCCAUCCAAGAGUACUUGAAAACAAAAAGCAAAAGUGCCCAGUCGUUGCCGAGGAAUGCAGAGCGUUCUGAGAAUGUGGGCAGAGACAAAAGGUUUAAGAGAGAAUUCUCCCAGAACAAAGUGGCGAGUAACCUCCUCCCUGUGAAAUUUAAAGCCGAGAUGCUGUCUGAAGAGUACCUGUCUGACCACCUGGGAAUUGGGAAAAGACUCCAGCCUGCUUCCCCUCAGAGCAUCAGCAGCGAUGACUCCUUUGAACAGAGCAUACAAGCUGAAAUAGUGCAGUUCUUGAAUGAGAAGAAACAGCAAAAAAUUAGUAAAUGUGUUACUGAGCAGGAUAAAAAAGAUUCCCGUGUGAGAUCCGUCCUGAAAUGCAACAAAGAAGCAACAAGCAGAACAAACUGUGGUGCCAUAAAGCAAGGUUGUAACGCGCUGCUCCUGAGACACCAUCCCAAGCUGCAGAAAUCCAAUGCCCAGUCCAAGUGUUUGCAGCCAAAAAUCCAAGCAGAGCCCGGUGAUUUCAGCCAGGUGAACCAAGCCUAUCUAGAAAUGGCCACUGCCAGCCAGCCCUGGGUUGUGGAACAGAAUGAGGGGAGUGGAGCUCCUUACUGGGAGCCAAGGGAAGCACUUCUCAAGGAGAGCAUGCACACAUCUGACUCCAGCAGCGAUGAUGGCAUCGAAGAAGCCAUUCAGCUUUACCAGCUGGAGAAAAUCAGGAAAGAGGCAGGUCAUGCAGCAAACUGUGUCCCUUUGCAGAGGGAACAAUUUGACCCAAAGGGUAUGGCAGAUAUUUCUGCCAGCCUGACAAUUAGCUCCACAAAAAGUGCCUCACCAGAAAUCCAUAAAAACCCUAUAAGCAACAAGAGAAGAGAAAUUCAUUCCAAGUCAACGGGAUUAGAAAGCACCAGCAACGAAUUUAAUAAGCUGUUUAAACCACUGAAAAAAGCCAGACAUUUUGCACUUCCAGAAAACAAGAUUGCUGCUUGUGAGCUCACAUUGCAGGCCUCUUGCAGAGCAGACACAUCUGCAGAACUCAUGUGUGCAGAAGCUAUCCUGGAUAUUUCCAAAACAAUCAUGCCAUCCCAAAUGGGAAGUGACAACAAAUCCCUCACUGCAGACUCCUUCUUUUCUCCCCAGCUUCUCUCGUCCUCCCGUUGUGAAAGUGACAGCAGCCUUGUGGACAGUGAUGACAGCAUAGAACAAGAAAUCAGGGCUUUUUUGGCUCUGAAAGCACAGUCAGAAAACCUUGGAACAAAACCUCCCAGCCUGUCACGCUCCACCCAGAUGCCUUUGUCUUCUGAUCCAAACAGCCUCGCCGGGACCCUUGAGCCUGCUCUGCCCAAAACACUGAAAUUAUCCUUGAGUCGGAAAAGGAGACUUAAAAGGGAAGGCAGAACAGCAAAACAAGGGGGGUCAAAACUACCUGAACAUCUGGAGACGGGACUUUUCCAGCCAGGUAAUUAUUCCAAAUUCCCUGUGCUCCAAGAGGAGCGUGCCCUGAGCAACCCCACAGAACUCCAGGAUGCUCAGAGUAAUAAAGAGCCGAGGCAGCAGCAGCUGAUGUCUCCCAAAUUGUCUGGCUCUGAUGGCAGCAGAAGCGUGGCCUUGGACUCUGCAAACCCUUUUCUGCAGGUUCAGAGUAGCACAAGAAAACCUAUAAAAAACCCCACCCCAACCCCAGAGAGGGAGGGGUCGGGUGAUGAGAGCAGCUCUCUGGACAGUGAUGAGGACCUGGAUAGUGCUAUCAAGGACCUGUUAAGGUCUAAAAGGAAGUUAAAGAAGAAAUCCAAGGAGCAAAAAGCUCAGUGCAAGAAGAAAGUCAGAUUCGGUGAGACAGAAACUCAGCUGCUGGAUGAGUUCAGUAGCCUCCAACAAAACGAGUGGAAAUGUAAAAAUCCCUCACUGGUCAAAAGCUGCCUCUCAAAACCCAGGAAAGCUGUGAGGGAGAAUGCAGGCAGGAACCCUCCAGACAACAUCAAACUUGCCAGUGACAAGCCAGAAACCGUGAAAAACCUGGAGUUUAACUUACAGCUUAAAAAAGGCAAUAAACCUAAACCAGUUUCAAACCAGCGGGGGGCUAAAAAUAGAAAAUGUGCUUUCCCAGCUGUGUCAGACGGCAGUGACAGCAGCUCCGUGGACAGCGAUGACAGCAUCGAGCAAGAAAUCAGGAGGUUUUUGGCAGAAAAGGCUAAAGACUCUGCAAGCAAUUCGGAGAUGCAAAAAGGUGAUGCAAGUCCGGACCUAUUUAGAGUGACCAAACAAACUGGUAACAAAGGAAACGCAAAGCAGCAGCCGGUGGAAAAUGAGAUUGACCUCGUGCUGGGUCAGAGUAAAAAGACUGAGGUAGCUCAGCAAACUGAGGAGGUGAAGAACUCUCAGAGAACAGAAGGGAAAAGUGCAAUGUUAGCUGGCAGUGGAAAAUGUGCUUCCUCUGCUGAGAAUGUUCCUACUACUGGUCAGGCAAAAGCUAAGCAAGGACUGGGUGGGGUCAAAGGUGCUGGGGAGUUACCUGGGAAUGCCACAGGUAAAAGGAAUGUCCGUAACACAGAGCCCCCAAAAGCCAGCAGAAAUGAAGGGUGUAAAGUAAGAAAGGUCAUGAAUGCAAAGCCCAGAUCUAAAAGGAAGAAUACCUUCCAACUGAAAAUCUCAAGUAAAUUCAUUGCAGGUCUGAAAUACGCCCGGGACAGGAAGAAAUCGAUGCUUUUGAACAAAAAGCAGAAAGCAGAGUGUUUGCUCACCCAGAGCAAUGCCUUGGGGAUGGAGGCAGCUCCCCAGGACACAGAUGUACUUAACCCCUCACCAAAAAGCGAACUUAGUGGGGAAAUUCCACCAGCAAUAAAAGCACCCAGUUCUUCUCAGAAACUCACUGUGGCAGGGGCGAGUCCCCACGUAGCAGAAACCAGUGCAGGAGCUGAGGGUCUCAAGGAGGCAGCUGAGGGCUGCAGGCAGGCUGAUGCUGCAGGGGAUCAGCCCCCCUCCAGCCUCCCCUCACAGGAACAGAGCGUGGCAGCAGGAAAAGCUGAUAAAGCUUGCAGAGGAACCUCCAGAGCUGAGAACAUCCAGAUGUGGAUCAAGGAAGGAGAUAUCCACCAAGGCAGCUGGGCUGGCUCCACUGCGGAUCCCCUACGCCCUGAGUGCAGUGUGGGAAAAGCAGAUAAAGCCAGCAGAGAGCCGGCUCAGCAGAGUGCUCAGGUGGGCAGUAAGGGAGGGAAUAACCAGCUGGACAAGAGGCCAGAUCCGAGUUUAGCUUGCCCGAGGCAGGAAUUCAAUGUGACAGCAGCAGCAGUGCAUCAUAGAGGAGGAGCAUGUGCAGAUAACAGUGUGCAGAUGUGCAUUAAGGAAGAAAAAGUUGACAGGCAGGAAGAAAUUCAGGUAUCCAGCUCCAAAAUGGAAGGAAAAGUACCUGCCCUGCAGAACAGGGAAGCUGCUAGUGAAGUACACCAAGGGCAGGGUUUUUUAACCAAAACCUGUGCAAAAUUUACUGACCUACCUACAGGGGACUGCCCAGGUUCCCUCUUGGAAAAAAAGGUUUCAAAUAUGUAAGUAGUUGGUUUUUUUUUACACUAGCAGUCUUUUUAUAAAAUAACUCUGAUUGUAAUUACCUUGAUAAAACUUGAGACAGGAAAGAAGAGGCAGUGGGAGAUACUGAUACCUGUAUAUCAUACACACACUAAUGUGAAAAUAAUUCUAUUUAACAGGGAUAUCACAGAUAGACAUAUGUAGCUUUUGUAGAAUUUUGUAAAUUAUUUAAAGUGCUCUAAGGAAAUAUUUUUUAUAAUGAUUUUUAGGGCUUGCAUUCCUACAGGAUGCUGUAGCUACUGUAGAUAAGAUAUUGGCUGAUCACACUUUAAAUUAUGAGGCCUCUAAUUGUCUCUCAAAGGGAAACCUGUUUGCGCACAGAAUUUAUUUGGGAACCUGUUAAGAGAUCCUAGGAAAACACAGCCUUGGAUAGCAAUGCAGAUGAUGUGACACUGCCUCAGGACAAUCCUGGGGGGUGGCUUUUGUGACAGCUCAGUUUUCCCACCCUGGGGACUGUGGGGUGAGGUCCCUGAGCAGAACCCGAGUGCAGCUGUGGGUGUGGAGAUCCAGCCUGGAAGAUAAAAAUUCAGGUAAAUCGAAUGGAUGGCUCUGUGCACACCUCCUGUGCAAAGUGAUCUCAGCAGCUGCUCCAAGUCCUCCUGAACACCCAGAACCUCCUGCUUGCAGAUUAUUCCAAGCACAAUUGCAGUCCAAGACAAGUGAAGGAGUGUGUCUGUUCAGACAAUAUGAUUUCCCUGGAUUUCCCUGGAUUUCCCUGGAUUUCCCUGGAUUUCCCUGGAUUUCCCUGGAUUUCCCUGGAUUUCCCUGGAUUUCUGUUCUGUCAGGGCCUGCAGGGCUCAAACAAUUCCUCGUUAUUCUCAACUCUCUCAUUUUGAUGCCCUGCAGUUACCCAGUGAUGGUUUUUGGUUUCCCGAAUGACCUUUCUGGAACUGAGUGCCCUUAACUUUCCUUUUUCCGAAGUGGUUUUUAAAAUGUUACAUUUCUGUGAACUUUUCACUGACAAUUUUGGUGCAAUAAAGCAAAGCUGGGUUUGCUGUAGGAAGUCGCAACACAAACGGAUUUUUUCAGCCACGGAUAUUUUCAGCACUGUUCUUUCUUCAGGCUCUUUCUCUGCCUCCGUUUCCAGCAGCCAGAAUAAAGCAAUUUUUCACUACUAUCUUUUUAUUUGUACUGACUUUCAACGGGAUUGAAGUAGCACAUUCACAUCACACACACAAAAAAAGUGCCCUCACACUGGUUUCGCUGCAAAUUCAAAAGAUAUAAAUUGGAGCUGUUGGCUCUUUCAUUUUCAUUUUUGUGUCGUGAAGUCCUUGGAGGAGUUUGUUCUCACAUCUUGUCCCUGUGAAUUAUUGAUCUGAUAUUCUCUUUGUCUGCUCUUCUGCAGAACUUCUCUCAGCCAAACCACCACUUAGCAUCGCUUUGUUUCUCACUCACUUCAGGAGUCUUCCUCCAGGCUGGCCUUAAAUUUGCAAAAUGGAGCAAAAUCAGCCAAGACUGGAUCCAGAAUCCCAUGGUGUCCCUGAUGUGAUGCAGAAUACGGGCAAAAGACGGUGUAGCAUAGAGUAGUAACUGUGGCAUGUGGAGAAAUAAACAUCCUUGGUGUGUUUAUGCUGUCGUGCAGCUACGUUUGAAACAUGUUUCUAGUGCUCACUUGGCAUUUCUGACUGUCCAGCCACCUCUCUGUAGCCCUGGGGUUGGUUGGCCGGGUUGUUUAAAGGUCAGUGUGUUAGCUCAUCUCCAUUUUGUGGUAGGAUACCUUGGAAAAGUGGUUUUUCCUUAGCUCAGUGCCUGCACUCCCUCUUGACAGGUUUAUCUUUUGCUCUGCCUUGAUUCCGUUGCAGGAUUUGAGCCUUUUGUUUGGAAUAGGUCAAUAGGCUGGUAUUUUAAACUAGAAGUUUUCCAAGUACCUUGCUUUAAAAGGGUUAAACUGUACACUUCAUUUUCCUAGAGAUGUUGGAAGUCCUGUUUGUAUAAAAAGCUGAAUGUUUCUCCUCAGAAGUUUUCAGUAAAUCCACAUUAAGAUUUCAAAGGUGUCUCGUGCCCCUGUCGCUGUGUCUGUGUCCUCAGUACCACUCGUGACCUGACUCACUCCCAGUUAAAAUGCAAUUCCAGUUACCUUGUGCUUUAAAUAAAACCUGAUUUCAAACAGCACUUUUUUUUUUUUAAUUGAUGAACUUGAUUUGUAUAUAGGAACUGGUGUACAUUGCUGAGUUUCUAAUGUUUAAUAAAUGGGGUUCUGCCCCUGGACCGUGAAA